GGACGAAGGGAUAAUUUUGUGUACUCUCGACUUUUUACACGCUUGGAGUCCUUUUAUUCAAAUUCCCGAGGCUGUUCCCCUCCAAGAAGGCGAUGUCAUCCGACACUUCUGCUAUUGACCUCGAUAACACUCACACAGUCAUUACGGAUCUAACUGUGUGCUUUUGCUCUCCAACAGAAACUCCUUCUGGCUGCGAACUAGACUCACGGAUAUGGCACCGCAUAGAGAAGGACCUCUACUUACAUACAGCUCAGCAGAGCGCAUGGCUGCAUAUAGCGAGGGCGAAGGAGACAGAGCUCACAGCUGACGACCUGCUAGUUAUGGAUAUCAGAGUUGGCGAGCCGCAUCCCAACGCUGCCUUUGAUAACUCAUGGGCGAGUCGACCUGGCGGUAUUUGGGUGCUAAGACGUAGCUAUACCGGCGACAUUCGUCAGGCUGUGACAGAGCUGGGCGUUCUUUUUGGUGUAGAUGCCGUUGAUCCACGACCACAAUGGGCUCUUAUGCAACAACCGCUCCAGCUCAACGCUCAGCCAGAGGUACCGGUUGCAAGGCUAAGCGUACUAUACGGCAGGGCGAAGCCGAAACAGAAUGGGCCUCGGACCGCUUUGAGAGUUAGGACGGACGGCAAAUUCAAGGUUUUCCAGAUCUCCGACACUCACAUGGUUACUGGUGUUGGUAUAUGCAAAGAUGCCAUUGAUGGCCAUGGGCGGGCUCUACCUGAAAGCGAGGCCGACCCACUCACCGUAGACUUCGUUGGAAAGAUCUUGGAUAUCGAGAAACCAGACCUUGUUAUUCUCACUGGGGAUCAACUACAUCACAAUAUCCCCGACAGCGAAUCUGCCCUUUUUAAGGUGGUUGCUCCUCCGAUUGACCGUUCGAUUCCAUGGGCAGCUGUCUUUGGCAAUCAUGACAGUGAGGGUACUUACGCAUUAUCACGCACGGCACAGAUGUCAAUCUUUCAGGACCUGCCCUUUAGCCUCUGUCAGUCGGGCCCAGAGCAGGUCGACGGCGUUGGCAACUACUACCUUGAGAUCUUGGCUCCUGCGCCGUCACAACGCCCACUAUCGACUUUAUAUUUCCUAGACUCCCACGGGCAGAUACCAAGUAAGGUACACAAUCCAGACUAUGACCCGAUCAAGCAAAAUCAAAUCGACUGGUUCACAACCACAUCGCAGUCGCUACGAAAGGCGCGUGACAAGGACGAUAAUGACAGCCGCUUUCAUCUGUCUCUGGCUUUCUCACACAUCCCUAUUCCCGAGUACGGAGACCGCACACUUAUAAUACGGGCCGGCCAUCGCAGAGAGCCCACCGAGGGUCCGAGCUUCAACUCACACUUCUACGAUGCUCUCGCCAAAGAGGGCAUAUCAGCAUUAGGCUGCGGUCACGAUCACGUGAAUGACUUCUGUGCUCUGCUGCCACAAAAGCAAGAAAAGUCUCAGCGAAAUAGCCACGAGACCCCUCAGCUUGGCCCGUGGCUAUGCUAUGGAGGUGGCAGUGGAUUCGGAGGGCAUUGUUCGUACGGGUGGAAGCGAUAUCAUCGGCGAACGCGGGUCUGGGAAGUUGAUACGAGCACUGGAGGCUUAAAGACCUGGAAGCGGGUUGAAUAUGCUGGAGAGCGAGUAGAUGAGCUGGCGCUUGUGGAAGGCGGGGCGGUGGUCCUCCCUUGUGAUAUAGAUGAAAGCACAGGUGGCGUGGCUGCUCUGCUCAGAGAUUGUGUUGUAAAGUGAAGCUGGUCUCGCUGCGAAACUACAAUACGUAUUUGCUCUUUUUUGGUACACCCGGCUGCACAAACCAAGUUGUUAAGAGGAAUGAAAUGAGGAGAUUCAGGAAGCGGCUGCUUAUCUGGCAGGUAUACUGAGGCCAUUAGCGGGCUAGUCGACAAAACCGAGAAGCGAAAAGUGAUUUUCUGAUUUUUUGAUUUUCGCGCCCGC